GCAUCUUUCUCUGACUCAUCCUUUCAUCCCCUCCCCUUUCUGUCACACGUUUUACCCCUCUCUCCCUUUUAUUUUCCUCCGCCUCCCUCUCUCUCUCUCGCUCUCUCUCUCUGUCUCACACACACACAUACACACACUCACUGACUCUCUCCUUUAUUUUCCUCCGCCUCCCUCUCUCUCUCUCUCUCUCUCUCCCUCUCUCCAUCUCUUUUCCUCUCUCUCCCUCUCAGCAUUUCCAGCUUGCCUUUAGAGAGGCUACACCCGCGAAGACGGCAGGAUGUCCAUUGUGAGCAUCGUUGCCAGGGAGAUCCUGGACUCCCGGGGAAACCCCACAGUAGAGGUGGAUCUGAGGACUGAAAAAGGAGUGUUCAGGGCUGCUGUUCCUAGUGGAGCAUCUACAGGCAUCUAUGAGGCUCUAGAACUCCGAGAUGGAGACAAGAGUCGUUUCAAGGGCAAAGGUGUUCUGAAAGCUGUGGGCCACAUUAAUGACACUCUUGGACCUGCCCUCAUUGCGUCUGAGAUCAGUGUUGUUGAGCAGGAGAAGCUGGACAACAUGAUGAUCGAGAUGGAUGGGACGGAGAACAAAUCUCAAUUUGGUGCCAAUGCCAUCCUGGGGGUGUCACUGGCCAUCUGCAAGGCUGGUGCAGCAGAGAAAGAUAUCCCCUUGUACCGUCACAUUGCCGACCUGGCUGGAAACACAGAACUUGUCUUGCCAGUUCCUGCCUUCAAUGUAAUAAAUGGUGGAUCUCAUGCUGGAAAUAAGCUAGCCAUGCAGGAGUUCAUGGUACUUCCUGUUGGGGCGGAGUCAUUCCGUGAUGCCCUGCGUGUGGGGGCGGAGCUGUAUCAGACUCUGAGGGGCGUGAUCAAAGAGAAAUAUGGCCAGGAUGCCACUAAUGUGGGUGAUGAGGGAGGUUUCGCUCCAAAUAUCCUUGAGAACAGUGAAGCCCUUGAAUUGAUAAAGACUGCCAUAGAAAAAGCUGGUUUCACAGAUAAAGUGGUGAUUGGUAUGGAUGUGGCUGCCUCCGAAUUCUACAGAGAGGGAAAGUAUGAUCUGGAUUUCAAAUCGCCCCCAGACUCUGCACGACACAUCACUGGUGAUGAGCUUUUAGAGAUCUACCAGGGCUUUGUCAACGACUAUCCAGUGGUGUCUAUUGAAGAUCCCUUCGAUCAGGAUGACUGGGCAGCCUGGACCCAGAUGACUGGUUCAAUGGGAAUCCAGAUAGUAGGUGACGAUCUAACGGUGACAAACCCCAAAAGGAUAGAGAAGGCAGCAGAGGAGCGCGCUUGCAACUGCUUGCUGCUCAAAGUGAACCAAAUCGGCACUGUCACAGAGGCCAUCCAAGCGUGUAAGCUGGCUCAGGCAAACGGCUGGGGUGUAAUGGUCAGCCAUCGCUCUGGAGAGACGGAGGACACGUUUAUUGCAGAUCUGGUAGUGGGACUCUGCACUGGUCAGAUAAAAACUGGGGCUCCUUGUAGAUCUGAGCGUCUGGCCAAAUACAACCAGCUGAUGAGGAUUGAGGAAGAGCUGGGCGAUCAAGCUCGGUUUGCUGGCCACAACUUCAGAAACCCCAGCGCCCUGUGAGACUGCCACCAACAACGCAAAGUCCACACAACUACUGACACACAGCAGCAACCACCAGACAAUAUGCACUGACCAAGACAGCUGUGACAGUACUGACACACCCACAAAAACACAAUGCACUAAAAUAACUGACAUCAGGACUAUUUGCACUGAACAUCUACUGACGCAACAAAACCCCCAACGCUAAAUAACACAGACACACGGAAUGGAUGACCACGCGUGGGUCAGACGAUAUGCACUUAGCCGGACCGAGACCAAGCGAUAUGCACCACAGAGCCAGGACAGACAGUUUACGCACAAGACGCAACAGCCGACUAAGCAGUGUGCACAGGAUAGAAAUACACGUGCAUGCACAAAAUGACUCGACCUGAGACUACGAGAGCGAUGGAAUAGAAGAGAAAGGAGUAUUUAUUAUUAGCUUUACAGCAACAUAUUCCUAACCUGGUCAAACAGGAUUUAGUUUAAACUGGUUUCAUUAAUUAAAUGAAUAAAUUAACUCAUUACAUAGGAAACUAGGAAAAAUAUUUAGGAAUAGUGAUCCUAAUUUUGUUCUUAUCUCAGAUGAGGUAGAACACACUAAACUCAUGUAAAUGAAAAUAGUGUAAAUAGUAGUGGGCUGCAUCAGAGCCCUCAGUGUUUUUGAACUUUUGUCUUGGAUAUAAUGCUGAACUACUGAACAGCUUUUCAUACCCCAACAGGUGCAUUUAAUCAGGGUCUGAAAGGUAAAGGCUGCAUUCCAAUUGCGUACUACUACUACUAUUACUACUAAUAAUACUUUAAGGUCAAUUCUAUAUUCUAAUAUUAAUAAUUCAUAGUGUGGGUUUGGAAGGUUAGCACACAAAAUAUUAACAUACUUCCUGUGCUUUCCGUUGCAAGUCAGAAAGUAAGUAUCUCAGAUUUAAAACUCCUUCAUAAGUUUCUGUGGUUUGUAUGUGAUUUAAUUUAAAUGCUACAUAACAUCUGAUUAGGGUGUUUUAGACACACCAAACAUACCAAAUAUAGAUUUAUUAUGUCUUACUUUUUGGCCAUAUUGGAAAGCAUUUACGCAACUCGGUUAGCUUCAAUUGCAUCACAAAUGGUGGGAAACUAGUUUUUCUCUAAUCACCAUUGAGGCUGCACUUGGAUCAUUAAUCAUCUAUGUUUUGUGGAUAAUACCAACUUGGACACUAAUACACCAACCAACUACACUAAAAAAACCAACUACACUAAUAGUUACACACUAAUAGUUACACACUAAGACACUAAUACCAACCACUCAAAAUCUAGUUUAGUAGUAUAAGUAAUUAGUACACAAUUGAGACGCAUCCAAAAACUGACUGCAAGUUCUGUUUUACUGUUGAGAAUUGAAUUGUAAAAAUUGGUGCAGAUAUGUACAUCCACACUGGCUUAAAGGCAUACUCCAGCAGUGCUGCAGUAGGCAGAAAGACUGAAGGAGUGACUGAGAUGGAGCUGGACAGACAUCGUAAGUGCAUGUAGAAAAAGAGAAAAUUCCUGAAGCACAAAAAAUAAGUCUAAGCAGAAGAGAGAUGGACACACACUGACAGGACUAUCCUGUCAGGGAAAUGGAUUGUCGGGCACGCUUACAGAAACAACACACACACACACACACACACACAAGCACACACACACACAUGCAUCCAUACACGUGUGGCAGUCUUACACCCUUUCACUCCCCGACUUCACACACGACUGCACUUUUCUCCUUUUCUUCUUUCUACCUUCUUCCUUUUCUCUAUGUCUGUUUCCCAGCGUUUCCUAAUCUUUCCUGUUUCUUGUCGUUUCACUGUAACCCCUCUCCCCUUAUUUCCCCCCCUCCAUUGCUAUGACUGCAGAUUUGGAUUGCUUGCCUCCCUCCCCUCACAAGUAUUUCUCUGUCUGUGACAUCACUGAGGUCAAUGAGAAAAGAAAAAGAGAGGAAAAAAAACGCUUGCCAUAAAUGCCAUGGAUUAAAAUGAUCAUUUACCUCCA